UUGAUAUUUUUGCAAAAAAUUCUUCUACCUACAAAGUAUUGUAUCGUAGAAAGGACUGUACCUUGGAUAUUUUAUAUAGUCUCAGAUUAUGCAUAUUUUGUGUAAUUUUGCGCUUUUAGAUUUCCUGUAAACGUAUAAAAAUGAACGAUCUAACGAAAAGUUCGAAGGUCGUCGAGUUGAACUUCGAGAGAAAUUAAUUGGGAAAUUAUCUCUAAAAUUUUGUCUUAUCAGUUUACGUGCCACGUGUCUUAUAAUAUUUUUCAGAACAUUUAAAAACAUGUUGAUGGGAAUGUAUUACGAUUGGAUCAACUCUUCCGCUGAUAAAGCUAAUGUAGAUGUUAUGAUGAACAAAGCUGAACUUGCAUACCGUUGCUCAUAUUCGAUUUUUGGCUUAUAUAUUAUUUCCGUUUUUAUGUAUGCCGGUGUGUUUCUGCAAUUUGUUCGUCAAGAUCAAGACGAUUUCAAUAUAACGUCCCGACAGUUAUUAAUGAAAAUGGACCUUCCGUUUGCAUAUUAUGAAAAUCCUGUGUAUCAAUAUGUAUUUCUUGUACAAUUCCUUCAACUGUUAGCCGUUGGAAUUGGCAUGGCUAUAUUAAAUGCUUUGAUAAUUACAUUGAUACUUCAUAUUGGUGGACAAAUAGAAAUCUUACAUAAAACUUUGGGAAGUAUUUCUGUCAAAGAUGAAAAACAUGGACCAUUGCGAAAUGUCAUUAAAUCUUUAAUCAAUCGUCAUUAUCGGAUUAUUUUUAAUUCGGAAUAUAUCGAAAGUUUAUUCUCGUAUAUUGCAUUGGUGCAAUUAUUAUGUAAUACAGUAGUCAUGUGCGGUAUAGGAUUCUUAAUAAUAGUCGCGAUUAAUUCUCACGGGGAUGUAAGAAUAGUUGUGAAAAUUGUGUUAUUUUAUAUCGCUAUUAUGUUGGAAGCAUUUGUUUUUUCCUAUGCUGGGGAAUAUCUUAGUAGUAAAAGCCUGUCAAUUAGCACUUCAGCUUACGGUUCUUCUUGGUACUUAUUAGAACCUAGAAACAGACGUGUCGUGAUUCUUCUUAUGAUAAGAUCACAAAGACGUUUGACAAUUACUGCUGGGAAAUUUAUGGAUUUGUCUAUGUUCGGUUUUGCGAGUAUUUUGAAAGCUUCUGCAUCAUAUGUAUCGGUAUUGUAUGCGAGAUACUGAUUACAAAGGAACACAUAGUAAGCAAUAAAAUAUGUAUAUCGUGUAUGAUAUAUAUCAUAUAUAUCAUAAUUAUAUAUUAAGAGACAAUAUAGUAAACGUAAGAACAUUUAACUUGAUGAUUUUGAAUUAUUACAAAAUUACAUACUGUAUUGAAAAACUUUUUAAACUAGUGUUAAAUAUCGUCGAAGAAGACACCAUUUGAUGUUGAUAAUUUCUUUGGAGGUAGACACGUGAAGAAUAUAAAGGUCAGCUACGUUUUUUAAAUUUUCUUUAUGCGUUGUUCAAUUCAUCUUAUUAUCUAUAGGGAAGAUGUACAAAAUUGACGAUCGAAGCUUAUUUUUAAAAUUAUGAGCAAUACAAUAUUUUUGUCAGAAAUGUCUCCAUAUCAUACUAUGUAAGCUAUCUGUAGGAAACGUUCAGUAUCGUUCAUUCGCGCAUCAUUAGCUUAUCAUUAGACGGUGCAUCUUUAUGUAAAUACAUAUUUUUGCAGGGAAUACAUACGUUACAGUUAUAAAACCUAAACAGAAAUUUGUUUUGCCAUUAGAAGAUUUUCUAAAUAUAGUUUUUAUUUUGCAUAUAUAGAUUUUGCAUACGUGCAUAUUUGGCUAGUGAAAACGUAAACGUUCUAAAUACUUUAAUGUACACUUACUUGAG